ACUUCCUGCUUGUUUCUCAGACACCUAUGGGUUAAGAGCAGACCAAGAGCUGCGUUUGAGUUUGACAACACCAGCAGCUUCAGCAUGGGGAGGAUUGCUAAAGAGGUUUCCGGCCAGGUCCUGUGCUUCAUUGGAUUUAUUGGCAUAUGUGUCUGCUGUGGCAUUCCCAUGUGGCGCGUCACUUCGUACAUCGGUGCCAACAUCGUCACGGGCCAGAUGGUCUGGGAUGGUUUGUGGAUGAACUGUGUGGUGCAGAGCACAGGACAGAUGCAGUGUAAAGUCCAAGACUCAAUCAUGCGACUGACCCAGGACUUGCAGGCGGCACGUGCGCUGACCGUCAUCGCAAUAGUGAUCGGCUUCAUUGGGAUGCUCUUGACGUUUGUGGGAGGCCAGUGCAGCAGCUGUCUGAAGAAUGAGUCCUCCAUGGCCAAAGUGGUGAUUUUGGGCGGCAUCCUGUGCAUUGUAGCUGGAGUCGCCUGUCUCAUUCCCGUCUGCUGGUCCUCAGCCUACACAAUCUCAGAUUUCCAGAGCGUUCUCACAAUCGAGACCCAAAAGAGGGAGCUUGGGGCAUCCAUAUACAUUGGCUGGGGCAUUCUAGGCCGGUCCCUGGGCAAUUAUUGGUUUCUUGGGGAGCGAUUUAUUAUUUGUGCCCUUCCUAUGUGGAAGAUGUCUGCGUUCAUUGGAGCCAACAUCGUGACAGCCCAAAUCGUCUGGGAGGGCUUGUGGAUGAACUGUGUGGUCCAGAGCACAGGACAGAUGCAGUGCAAAAUCUACGACUCGCUGCUGGCUUUACCUCAGGACCUGCAGGCUGCUCGGGCACUUGUGAUCAUCGCCAUCAUUAUCUGCCUCUUUGGGCUCAUCCUGGGGAUCGCCGGUGGAAAAUGCACCAACUUUGUUGAGAGAGAAGACUCCAAAGCAAAGGUGGCUAUUGCCAGUGGUGUGAUCUUCAUCGUCGCUGGAGUGCUGGUCCUGGUCCCCGUCUGCUGGUCAACUAACACCAUCGUCAGGGAUUUCUACAAUCCCAUUCUCACAGAUGCCCAAAGGAGGGAGCUAGGGCCUUCUCUCUAUAUCGGAUUCGGUGCGGCUGCACUGCUAAUCCUGGGAGGAGGCAUUCUGUGCAGCUCCUGCCCGCCUAAAGAAGACAACUACAACAUCAAGUACUCUCAGCCACGGUUCCACCGCCACCAGCAGAGCCUACGUCUGAAAGUAAUCAAGCAUGCAAAGACAUUUUACUUACAAGGACCCUUUUUUUCGUAAAACCUAUUUUUUCCCAUCUCUGGAUUUUUUUCCCCAAGGAGAAAAAAAGGAA